AUGAAAACAACUCCAAAGAAAAAACCUCUUUCCACAAAAGUCUUGACAAAAGAAGAAUAUGAACAAUUUCGGAAAUGUAGUGGUUCCACAACAAAAGAGGACCACGUAACAGACCUCAAAGCAGAAGCAGAAGAGAGAGAAAGGCUUAUAAAAGAGAGUAUGGAGAGGAAAGAGGAAUUUCGUAAAUUAGACAAGAACAGGCCUCGUGAGAAAAGUGCAGAAUUAAUCGAAAUCGAGGAAGAGGUCAGAAAAAGAACUCAACACGUGCUCGACAGAGCGCAGAACAUGAAACUGGAACAAGAAGAAGAAAUACAGAAAUGUAAUAGGAUUAUUUUGGAAACUAAAUGCCGUGCCAUUCGUGAUGCGCAGUUAGCAGAGAAAAAACUCAUUGAGAUUGAGUUGGAAGAAGAGGACAAGCGUUUAAAUGAUAUGAUGGAAAAUGAAAGAAGGUGGGCGAUCAAAGAGGAACUUAAGAAAGAGCAAACGGAGGCAGCCAGAAAGCUAGAAUUUGCUAACAGUUUGAAAGGUCAAAUACGCGAAAAUGAAGAACAAAGACUGUUGGAGUUUGCAAGGAAGCAGGAAGAAAGUCGACUGAUUAACUUAAGCAAUAUUGCUUGGCAACAAACAGAAAUUGCCAAGAUGCGCGAUAAGGAGGCUGAAUUCGCUCGAAUUCGACAGGAAAUUGCUGAAGGAAAUGAGCAAUUAAAACACCUGAAAGCCAUGGAAGAACAGGAAAAUAAAAUCAUUGAUCUUAGGAUUCGACAAUAUCAAAGAGAAAAGCAGAACAGAGAAGAAAAACUAGCUGAAGAAAGAAGACAAGAAAAAUUGAGAAAAGAGCAAGAGAAAGCGAAAGUGGCAUCUCAGACGUUACGGCACCAGGACGCACAAGCACGAAUAGAUGAAUUGAACGCUGUCCGGAUUCAAGAAGAAGUAGAACGUGAAUGGAGGCAAAAAGAAAAAGAAGAAGCUCUUAGACGAACGAUAGCUCAGAAAUUGCUGAAAGAGGAACGAGAGAAACAAAUAAACAAUAAACGAAUAAUGCAGGCGAUUGAGAUUGAACGAGAGCGAAGAGAAUUUGAGAAAAUUGUACGCGUUCAGAAAGAAGCUUUCUGUCGAGAGCAGAAAGAACUUGAGAAGAAACAGCGACAAGCUUUAAAUCAUAGAAGUGAAAUACUAAAACAGGUGAACGAGAAGGAAAGAGAACGCAUAGAGACUAGACAAAAAAUGUUCGAGGAAGGCUUGGCACUUCGCACGGAGGCUGAAAUACGCAAAAAAAAAUUAAGAGAAGCAAUGGAAAAUAAAUGCAAUGAAAUGAGGAAUAAUAAAGUACCUGACGUGUACAUAAACGAAGUGAAACGAAUGAUGGAGAACAUCUAUUGA